UCUGUCUUCAGUUCUCUCUGCUUGGGUUUUUUUUUCUUUCACUUUCUUGUGUUAAUAUUUAGUUUAAACCAUUGGAAUUUCUGGGUUUCUCUCAAAAUCUAUACUACAAUUGGUUGGAACUCAAAAUUCAAGGAGACUUACAGCAUUUCUUCUAACUGUCUGGUAAAAGUCCUGAGAGAGUUAGUUUUAACAUUGCAAAGUUUAUUUUUUCAUAUAUAGAGAUUGAAGGGCUUGACAAUGAGUUCUCAACAAGCUUUGGCAGCAGUUAAAGUAUAUCGUGACCUUCUCAAAGCAGUGAAAAAACACAUUGGAAAUGAAGAGUACAAGAACCAUUUUCGUGAGUAUGUUACACAAGAAUUUAGGAAAAACUGUCAACUUUCAGACCCUUCUUUGGUUACCCAAAAAAUCAGGCUUGCCAAUGAUUAUACGUUUUUACUUAACAGUGUGCAUCAUCACAAGGACUUAUUGUUCUCUUACAACAUAGCGGUAGAUAGGUCAGAUGAAAUGAAAAGAAUACUUGGAAAAUCAGCUGCUAGUGUUGGCCUUCAGCUUCCUGAAGUUUAUCAGCCUUGAUAUCAGUGGCUGAUAAUUUUCACCAUCCUCUUCGUCUGGGGGAGAAUUUUGCCUCCCUCAUUCUAUAAUAUGUGCGAAUUCAGUUGGAACAAAUCCUUGUCAUUUAUAUCUAUAAUUUCUGCUCUGCCAACCAAUUGAAACCCUGGUUUGAUUGACUUCUUUUUUUUAUUAUGACUGAAUUAAACUCGUAAAUGCUGCUUGAGCCUUGAAGAAGCUGCAAGAAGCUGUUUUUUUAAAAUUUAUGCUGUUUGAAUCUAGUGUUUUUCUUCAUCAGGUAUCAUGCUAUUUCAUAUAAUUCAUAUGUUAGUUUUUAUGAGACAAGUUAACUAUUGAUCUUAUCCAAGAUGUUCUGCCUGAUGUAUUGUGAUCCUUA